AUGAGUAAUAUACCUGUAAAACUAUUGAAUGAAGCUCAGGGACAUGUGGUCUCAUUGGAAUUAAGUUCCGGGGAAACAUACAGAGGUAAAUUAAUAGAGAGUGAAGAUAAUAUGAAUAUACGAUUGAAAGACGUUACAAUAACAGGAAGAGAUCAAGGUGAAGUGUCGAGGAUGGAUGAAGUGUACGUUAGAGGUUCACAAAUCAGAUUUUUCGUGCUCCCAGAGAUGUUAAAGAAUGCACCUCUCUUCAAGAGUAAUACCAGACAAUCAAAACCCGUCCCACCUAUUAGAGGUCCAAGAAAGGUAAACGGUAGAGGAUAA